AUGUUUAUUUUUAGUGGGAUUAGACGUAUUAGACGUGGUAAAACUGUAAAAACACUUACAUGGUUCUUUUGGGAGGUUAUUUUUUGAUUUUCCAAGCUGUUUUCAUAAUAUUUGGGAAAACCUGAGAAAAAAAAUGUGAAAACCAGGAUAAACGUAGGAAAACAGGAAAAGAGGUACAGUAUUAAACCAAUAUUAUUAAGAAAAAAUAUAUAAUUAUUUUACCAUAAUAUGACAUAUAUAUAUUGCUGACAAAGCAACACUAUUAACCAAACUCCGCUCAAAAUCGUUGCCCAUAACUAUGUACAUUAAAUUUCUUUUCUACUACCUUUCCAACAUCUUACCUAUAACAGUGGCUGCACCCGUCCCCAUUAUUCUAGAACAACUGUAUAAUAGGUUUUCAUAAUAAUUGUGAAAAAUCAGAAAAAAAUGCACACAUAUUUAUAGACGUUACUAAUUUCAUUAUUUUUAAUUUUUUCGAUUUUGUUUUUGCUGUAAUUUGAUUAAAAGUAACAAGAGACCUGACAUUUUCAUAGAAUACAUAUAACAUACUGUUUUGGACGUAAUAAGAUUUUUAAAAAAUGCGUUGAUAUUUAAGUUUUGAUAUUUUCAUUUUUUUUUAGUCUUUAUCGAUUUAAUGUGACAAUGUGGGUAAAGUUGUUGGAUCGAAGAGAGAACUGCUUGAAAGUUGAAACUUUAAUACAGAGUUCAUUAUAAGUUUACCUAAUUAUUAAAAAUAAAGUUAAACGUAAAGUAGUAGUUCUAGCGCUUUAAGAUCAUAUUUUGACGAAAAUUGUGAAUAAACCCGUAAUUUUGAAACAUGUUUUAUUCAAUGUCAUAAUUCGUGAGCAAUGUUUAUUCUAAAAAUAUAAUUUAAAUAACUCUAUGUAUUUAAAUGCAGAUCAGUAUCAGUUUUUUUUUUUAAAUUUUUCUACUGAAAAUUUUGACUCCAAUCGAAAAACAAAAAGAGAAUUUUUUUUUUUGUAGAUGAGAUUAUUAGACAAGUCACGUUAGAAUGUGCCCAACAGGGCUAUAUAUUAAUCGAGAUCCGUAACGAAAUUAAUACGACCAUCAACUCGCACCAGAAUAUCUUCGAGAUAACAAUGGCUAGAGGGCUGCUUAAGAAGUUACAGGCAAGUGAUCUUUUUUUUAGUAUCCAUACAAUUUAUUAUAAUUCAAUUUAAUUUAACGAAUUAAAAAUUAUUUUGGAGCCAAUAAAAAUGUGAAACGGCUCCCGUAAAUUUUUAAUUCUACCACGGUGCAUAACAAAUUAUGUAUAAGUAAGUAGAGCCGGUGACAGGAAGAUGCACGUAGGUUAGGUAAACACUCUUAAACUUGAAAAUUUAACCUACCGCGUCGGUAAUUUCCCGAUAAUUUAAUUUUCUAUUCGUAAAAAAGUAUCAUUGUUUAAUUUUUUUUUUGUAAUUUUAUUACGUUAUUACCGUUACCUAUACAUAUUAUUAUUAUACUAGUCAAAUUUAUUUAUUUGUUAACUACUUAUAAAAAGACAUAAUAAUGGGCAAAAACAUUUACCUACUUAAAUCAAUACAUUUGAUAAUGAAGUAGGUAAAUGUUGAAUCAUACUACCCCGGUGGUUAACUCCGGUUCUGUAAUUAGGUAUAGACUUUCUACAACACUACGAGAAUUGGGUUACCCCUAUUUAAAAUUUACAGGAAUAUCUAUUUAUUUUUGUAUGUAUUUAGCAAUUUACUGGCACAAAAUAUUCUUAGAUACAUAAAAGAAAACUACCUAAAGCACCUAUAUCAUAGAUAAUCUAACUUAACGCGUACCUAAUUAUUAUGCACAAUGUAUACGUAUUAAAAUGUUUACCUAAUGUUUGAACAGUUAAUUCUUUAUUUAUGUUUUGUUUAUCGUACCUAUAUCUAUAAUUUGCAGGCAGAAAACAAAAAGAUCAAUUUGGAAAAAGAAACUGACAUAUUGAAGGAAGAUAACGAGACUUUAGAAACGAAAUUAGCGGAACUAAAAGAAAAGACAUUUAAUAUGGAACGCGAGAUGGCCGCUGCACAUAACGCAGAAAUUAAAAUCCACGACGAAAAAAUGGACGUGCUAAAAAAGUCUAGGCGAUCAUUUAAAGUAAAUAAGAAACUCGAAGAACACAAAUAAUUUUGUACAUUUGUACCUAUAUCACCUGUAACCUAUUCCUAAAUAAAUUUACUUACUUAAAAUAUGUUUAUGGGUUUCAGGCUCAAUUAGAGUCCUUAAUUCGAGAUGAUCCGGAAGAUCUGCCAGAAGAUUAA